ACGCUCACGGCCUUCCAACUCUGACAAUCAGCCCUCUUGAGCCUGUCCUGUCGAAGGUCUCUAACGUUAAGAACGCGUGAUGGAGCAGAAAGAUGUGGUUGACAUAUCUAUUACUCAAAACGGAAGAGGAAUCGGAAACAAACUUCCCCUCGAGUUAAUAGACGCAAUCGUUGAAAACAACAGAGACGACAAAGACUCUUUACUCGUGUCAUCGUGUGUAUCCAAGUCAUGGUGCGCGGCUUCCCUACGACACCUCUUCUCCACCGCACUUUUUUCAUCUGAAGGUGAUCUUAUGCGCUGGCGUGACAUUGGAUCCCAUUUGCCCCAAGUACCUCUUUUUGUUAAGAAGGUCAUGUUCGAGCCCGGGGCUCAUUUCAACGUUGGCCCAAUCCUGUCACUGAAUAAUCCAUACCCAGAUGAUGCUCUGAUGCAUCUCACGUGCCCCGACACAGUCUAUUCCUCCAGUCCUUCAUGUUUUCAGCUCCCUGAUAUGCCACAGGCUCGUAAACUAAUAUGGGAUACCCCAUUCUCACAUCCGAUUUACUGCACGGUUUCAAUGCAGCAGUUCCUAUCGACAUUUUGCUCUCUCAAGGAGGUGGAGCUCUCGGGGGACUUUGCGACCAUCUCUGAUACAAAACGAUUCCUGAAACUGUUGCCCCGGAUAGAAAUUCUCAAUAUCAAAGCCAUCGACAUCAAUGACGCAGGUUUUUCCGGGGGGUCCCUGGCCUUCGCUGGCGACAUGACCAAUCUUCGUAGGCUAUCAGUUGAGGAAUGUGAAACACCGUUGGACUGGCUGGUUGAUGACAUCCUAGCAGUAUCAUGUCCCAAAAAUCUUCAGAGUAUCUACUACGAAGACAACUUCCCUUUCUCCCAGAAGGCAUUCACCUGUCUCGUCGCCCUUUCUGCCCAGUCCCUCGAGGAGCUGACCAUUCAAUCGCCAUACUAUGUGACCCCUCAUGGACCCUGGACAAACCCGCCUCCCUUCACGAACCGGUCUUUUCCUUCAUUGACGUCCCUAAUGUUUGGCAUCGUCCAGCUGGGUUUUCCCCUCAAACCACUGUCUUCAGUGGACUGGUGCCGUAGGGUCAUAGAAGUCCUCCCACCGGCUCCGAAAUUGACUUCCCUCACCAUGCUCAUUUAUGCUGAAGAACCAGAACACAUUGACGGCGUUCUCUCAGAGCUCACUUCAGAGUUGUUUCCCGAGCUGAAAAGGUUCAUCAUGCACGUCUCUAUGCAAACAGAAUUUGGGGCGAACCGAAAAGCACUAUCGGAGGCUCUCCUUAAAGAGAGGCUAGAACGUUUCGGGAAGAAGUUGAAGAUUGAAUGGGUGAAUGAGAAUUCUAUCUCGGGUGGCGACGUGGACUGAGAUUCAGAAUGUACCACUUCUUGAUCAGAAUAUUAAAAGGUAGCCAUUUAUUCGUUGAUGAACAAGUGACUAGCACUUCAUUGUUACUAUCUAUUACUCAAAGCGAUGCAUCAUCAUGAAUACCAACUUUGUUGUCUGACUCGGGAGUGUCCAUC